GUUAAAAUUUGAACUGAAUUUUUUUACAAGGAAUAUGGAAGUUUACAAUCUGCUUCUUGGAGACUCCAAUAAAUCAGAUAAUGUGUCUUUCUUUUCAGCCUUUUUUCUCAAAACCCACUGCUGGAUGAAGGCCUUCCCCACUUCCUUCGACGAGCUCCAAUCCUCGGCUGUACUCCUUCAAACCUUCAUUCACCAUCACAUGUCUGUAUCUCAUCUUCCCAACUUCGUUUUGGUCUCCCCGGUGCCUGUUUUCUAUCUGGUCUUCACUGUGUACUUAGUCUUUUCUUUACCACCCAUCGUUGAUCCCCACUUCUGGCAACAUGACCGGACCAGCGCCACUUUUGCUCUGUGUGACCGUCUCGAUAAUGUCUGUCAUCCCAGUGGUCUCCUAAAUUUUCUCCACUGUUCACGUAGAAUAACAUAAAUUAUCAAAAAAUUGGACCGACAUUUCAUUUUAUUUUCGAGAAAAAAAUUACAAGUUUGGCACUUUUUGCAAAAAUACCAUCAGAAACCUAAAAAAUGAAAAUUUUUGCAUUUUUAAGAUAUUUCACCAACGUGUAGACGAAAAUCUCCCUACCUCCCCUCAAUUUGUCAACGAAUACGAAUGACGAAAACACACAAGAUGAUAAGGAAUGUUUUGAUUACUCGUAAUUAGGACUUGUAUGUAUUAUAAUUUUGUGCCUAGAGCGUUUGCGUAACAUUUCAAAAAUGAUCAAGACGAGUAUUGAUGAAAGUUUUCAAAGCACUAAUCGGUCUUGAUAAGUAAUAAGUAUUGAUAGCCGAUGUAUACUCACAACAAAUUUUUUUUCGAAUCUGUUUCAUUCUUGUACCACGAUUAAUAUUUUAUUCACAUAAGUAUAUUCUAUCAGCAACAUGAAUUUCAAAAUGAAAACCUCCCUGUUAAUUUUCUUUAUCGCAAAAGAUCUUGUAUCAAUAAAAGCGUUCGACGACGAGUCCUCGAAAUACGAUAUCACAAAAGUUCUGAAUGAUUCCAUCAACGGAAUAUUUCAAAAAGCUGGCUGGAGUCGAGUAGAACAAGCAUUAACAAAAAGCUUUCACCGCUUAUCGGAAUAUAAAACCAAAAACAUUCGAAAACUAAAAAUAUUUGGCGAUGAGAUCAUCUAUCGUGAUCUUCAGUUUUACGAUGCUCACACAUACGACGGUCUCUCAAUUCAGUGGAAUUCUGCUAAAAAUGAAACGCGAUUACAAUUUGACGACGAAUUCAGAUACUAUUUAGACUGUAAUAUGAUCGGAGCACUGAACAAGACGGAUGCUAAAAUCAGCGCAAAUCCUGUAUUCUUCAAGUUUGCAAUAAUUAUAGCUGAAUCAUCAACUGGAAAAAAAGAGGAAAAAAUUAAAAUUGGUAUAGACUACGCCAAUAUAAUGCAUGAUGAUUCAACGAAGCUUGGCGGAUAUUAUGAAACGAAACUCAAAACGAGACAAAAACUCAUGUACGAGUUCCACCUCAUGUUACCCAAAGUAACCCGUCAUUGUUUGGCUCGCAGCAAGAAAUUCAAACAAGCAUUGAAAAACAGUUUGUUGGUUUACCCGAAACAGAAUAUUUCAUUGCUUUAUCCGGAUUUUUCGAGCAACGAGCAAAAGUAUUACUACUCAAUACCCAAGAUUGUUUUACAGAAGUACAAUUUAACAUACAUCAGGAUCACAGGACUCUCGAAUUUCAAAUCAUUCCGUGGCACCAUUUUGCACAUAGUGAACAUUAGUGGGACUAUGUACUUGGACCGCGAUUACUCAAGCAGGGAAAAUAUUGCAAUGAAUUUCACGAUAGAUAACCUUUUCAUAGAUGUUAAUUACCUUAACAAAAGUGUAACUGUUGAGGCAAAAAACUACACCAUCAGUCAAUUUGAUAUCGAAGGUUCCAAAAACUCAGCGUCAAUAUCGUCUUGGUUACAUGAAGUUUCGCCUAUAAUGAUACGACACAUCGAAUCAGCUAUCGCUAAUUCAAUGAUGCCAUCUAUGGAGAAUGUUGUGUUGAUGAAAUCGCUUGAUUUGUCCGAAAAUUACGAUAUCACAAAAGCACUGAACGAGUCCAUUAAUGAUAUACUUCAAAUGGCUGGUUGGAAUCGAGUGGAAAACGCAUUUAAAAAAAGCUUAAAUCGUAAAUUGAUCUAUGGCGAAAAGAUCGCGUAUCAAAGCCAAGAGUUUCAAUACGUUCCGAAAGCAAAUUUUUUGUCAAUUCAUUGGACUUCUCCUGGAAAUACAACACGAAUACAGUGCGGAGAAACGGAAUAUUAUUUAGACGGAUGUAUGAUCAUUGAACCUAGCCCUAGCAAGAUGUCUCGUUACUUCAACAUGCAUACCGUAAUCCAAAACUUAUCAAUAGUUACAACCGAAUCAUCAAUCGACCGGAAUAACACAACAAUAAAAUUUGAUAUAGACUACAACGACAUUAUUGACUGGGAACGCUCAAAGCUCCCAGAAUGUGGUCUUUUGCCGUUCAAAAAGAAACGAAAAAUCUUAUCCGAUAUCAACCGCAAGUUACUAAAAUUAAUGCGCGAUUCUUUGGCCCUUGAUGAGAACUUUAUGGACGCUUUGGGACAUAGUAUGCUUAUUUACCCGAAACAGAAAUUGAUAAAGGUCCAUCCUGAUUUCUCUCACAACGAGCAAAAAUAUUACUACUUAAUACCCAAGAUUUGUCUCGAGAUAGGCCAUUUGGAAAAUGUCAAGAUCCGAGGACUCGCGAAUUUCGAAUCAUUCGACGGCACUUCUUUGCACGUGAAGAACAUUGAUGGAUUUAUGACUUGUAUUAUUCAUGAGGCGAUAAUAGAGUUCGUGACUUUUGAGAUAGAUGAUCUUUUUGUAAGUUUUAAUCGUGAUAACCAAAGUAUAACCGUGGACGCACGAAAGUACAAAAUCAGACAAUUUGAGUUCCGAGAUUCAGAUUCAUCUUGCAAACACGAAGCAUUAAUGUUGUCUUGGUUACACGAAUUUUCGCCAGUCUUGAUGCGACACGUAGAAUCAGCUAUUGCGAAUUCGAUAAUGCCUUCUAUGAAAAGUGAGUAGAAGCAAAUUGAGAAAAAAUGAGAGCUAUUUUUAAAGAAAUGCGCAGAAAGCAUGGAGUAUGUACUCACUCGAAAAAAUACAGCAAUACGUGGAGAUCAUUCUGAUUGAAACAAUGGUAUUUUGGAGCAGUCCAAUUGAAAGAUUUUGAAAACUUCGUGCAGCGUCAAAUAUUCUAAAGGCGAGAGAGGAAAUAAUCUGGAAAAUUCAACAUCGUGCAAAAUGAAGAAUAAAUGAAUAUUUCAACGAUA